AUGGUGCCACCAACAACCCGCUUGGUCUCAUCUGGCAGCGAGAACUCUGAACUCGGAGAGAGGUCAAGCAACGAACCUACACUGGUAGAUAUCCUCUCUGAAAGUCGCAAGCUCAAUGUCAAGCAAACAAGUCAUGAUGCUGAGUUAGCAAAACUAAGCGUUAGAUUUUCUGAAAUUGAGACAACUGUAAAACUCAAUAAAAACUCCAGCGCGGCCUUGAAAAACGAUGCACUGAGCGACACUAAACCUAAAGUCUCUGAAUAUAUUGACAAGCCCAGGGGCCCAACUAAUUUUCCUCGAAGAGAUUCACUCUUCAUUCCCAGAAUUAAGUCUACAUUGAAUCUGGAAAGACAAAUUUACUUGACCUAUCCGAUCCUUGUAUUGAUAGGGAAAAUAGAAGCAGCUGAGCCUUUUUCAGCUAGAAAAGCAAAUAUAUUCAAUUGUUGUGGAAGCACAGGUGCGAAAUAA